GAAAUAUUUUUACCUGGGCAUUAUGAGAAACCCUAUAAAUAGUAGAGGGAUGAUGGUCCCUCGACGUGAUAUCAAUUCGGAUCGAGGACAAGUCAAGUAACAAGAUGCAGUUGUGGUUAUCUCCUCUGCUCAUCGUCGUCAUCGUGAGUGGAGAUUCGGGAACGUACGACCCUGACGAAGCCUGGCGUCAAAUGGUCGGACUAACCGAUCAUUCGGCUACAUUUUCAGCUAUCACGUCGUACGAUGAAACGAGUUCUCAAUCAUCGAGAUCCACCGACUUGAAACCGGCCGCUUCUUCUUACGGAAGUGGAGGCUAUGGGGGCGGGGGCUACGGCGGAGGAAACUACGGCGGAGGAGGCUAUGGCCACGGAAGUGGAGGAGCAAGUUACGGUGGACACGGGGGAGGAGGUUACGGACACGGGUUAAACACUUCGGCCGUUUCUCUGUUGGGAUUCCUUUACCUACUCAAUUUGAUCCAGGACAUUCUGAAUCAAAUAACGACGACGGCUGCCAGUGGCCGGAAGAAGAAAUCUAUUCAAGAUCCAUUUCGGGAAUGGUUUUCCAAUCUCGGCCAAGGAGGAAUUCAAACAUUGAAUUAUGAAAUCGUCGCCACCGUUCUCCCGCUUCUAAGCGAGUUCACCGAACAUGGUGAUAACAAACGGCCUCUGGUCUGCGCUCAAAGGUCCAUCUGUUUAGCCAAUCGACGUUUGACAUCGAACUACGGCCAAAUGGGGAAAGUCUUUGGCAAACUAAGCAGCGAAGCCGUUCUGGAACACUUCCAAUCAUCAUCCUAUCCGGAAGGAACCUUCACUGAGGCUGCUGCUCACGGCCGAAAUUUAGCCGACUGCCACAAAAUCUACAGUCAAUGCCAAGUGGAUUGAGGACAAAAGGGAUCAAUGAAAGAGGAGAUUCUUAUUUUUCUUUUCUUUUUAAUUUCUUUAGAUUCAAUCGAUUCUUUUUUUUUGUUUUGUUUCAUUUUUCUUUGUUUUAUCUUUCCGGAUUUCGUCAUUUUUUUUUUUUUUUGUUUUCCUCCAGACUCAUGACACACGCACACAGCACACGGAUAAUAUUGAUUUAGUCCUGUAUGGAGGGAGGUUCAAACACGAUUGAGGGAGGUGGGUGGGGUGAUUGGGGGAAAAAAAUUAUAAAAAUUGAAACGAGCUUUUUCUUUUUUCAAAAUAAAUCGAGAGCAGACACUACUACCCGCUUGACUCAUAAAUGGUAAUUUUAAAAAAAAUGCCAGCAAAAGAAAUUAAAAAAUAUAAAUUUGGACGAAAAAAAAAUAAACAGAAUGAUUUUUCUUUUUUAAAAAAGUGUUUUUUUGGAUACUUUUCUUCUUUCUUUUUUUGUGGAGGGAAACGAGGCUUUUUUUGUCAAGACACAAGACACGAGAUUUGUGAAAAGGAGAAUCGCAUUUCGAUUAUUACUCGCUGCUUUUUCAAGUUUCGUAAUU